AAAGCGCGCGCGCACGGCGUCAGGUCCCAUGAUCACGGGCAAUUUCUGCUGGGCGAGGAAUGAUGCACUGCGUGGCUUGGGGCUUUCGGUUACAUUCUUCUUGGUCAUGGAAAUCUGAGAUGCGUGUGGGUGCAUGGGUCCGCGUGUCUCUUCGUGGUGACACCGUUGGUGUGUGAUGGUUCAACGGAGGCGAUCGUGUAUAUAUCAAGCCUCGUCCACCACCUCUCAGUUUGAAAAAGGUUGUAUAACUCAAUAUCAUCAACAACACAAUCACAUCUAUCAACACUUCCAAGCUUCAUCAACCGCCUCAUCAACGCUCCACACAUCACAACACACAUCACAUCAUAAUCAUCAACAUGUCUCGCAACCUUUCCGUCACUGAGCCUCACCCAUCCGUCCCCAAGUCCGGUGGCUACAUCGGCGGUGGUCGCGGCGGUGCUGGCAACUACCAGCGAUACAAGUCCAGCGAGCUCACAUCUGGCCCCAACGCCACUGGUCCCGCUUCACGAAUCGCCCUCACCAAGCCUGUCUCUCGAACUGUCCCCGCUGGCCGUGGAGGUGCCGGCAACAUGUUCCACGAGACCGAGGCCAUCUUCCAGUUCGACGAGGAGAUGAUCAAGAAGCGUGAGACUCAAUCAGCUCCCAUCUACCACAUCGGCCGUGGUGGUGCUGGCAACCUCUUCCACAGCUCGUCCAAGGCUCACGCCAUCGACAACAAGGCCAAGACUCACCGCAGCGACAGCAACUCAUCUGCUGACUCCAGCGCUUCGAUCCACUCUGCUGGCAGCGCUGCUCGUACUGCUCUGGGCAACAUCUUCGGCCGUCGGUCCGCAUAAACGUGCUCCUCGAUGGGCCUGCGGUUUCCUUUUCUUCAAAUCAUCGAUUCGACAUCUCUACUCUACUAUUUCCUAAUAAUUCCUGCGAGCUGGUUCUCGAUUCUCGCGGUCCAAAAAACAUGGCGACACUGCAAGUUCUCUUUAUUCAACACAACUUUUUAUCUGAGCGACGGCGCUGGUGGGAUCUUCUUCCGGGUUUUCUACGACAAACAAAAGUUUUGCAUCACUUGACCUGGGGCAUCUUUCUGCACCGCGAUCUCUCUCACACACUCAACUCUACUCAAGCUUAAAGGCCUUUUCGGCCCACUCGA